AUGAAGUACCACUGCAGUUGUGGGAAGAGUUUUAACAACUUGGAAUAUCUUGAGCUGCACAUGAAAACCCACACUGGUGAAGGGCUUUUCUCCUGCCAGCAAUGUGGUAAAGUUUUUACCUGCAGAGAGGGACUAGACAUGCACAUAUGUAGGAGCGUCCCGAUGUUACUUCCGUCGGCAAAGUACGGGACAAUUCAUGUGAUGAGUCCGUCAAGACUAGACAAUGAUGUUGACGAUGACGAUAAUGAUUAUUAUGACAGUUUUCUUCGAGCACAGAUAAAAGUAAAACGGCGAGCUUAUCAAUGCGAGUUCUGCGAGGAUGAGUUUGAAACUGAGAACUAUUUAGAUCUGCAUCUGAGAACUCACACUGGGGAAGGGAUAUUCCCGUGUGAGGAGUGCGGCUUAUUGUUCACAGACGAAAGUGGGUUAAAAACGCAUCGCCACCGAUGGACAAAAGUCUCCUGCCACCUCUGUGACAAGACCUUCUCUCAAAUGAGUUUCCUUGAUAUCCAUUUGCGUGAGCAUCUUGAAUUUACCGGGAAGUUACUUAACUGCAAUUUGUGCGAUAAAACUUUUCUACAGGUCGGUGCUCUGCAGACACAUAUGAGAACUCAUCCACCAGUUAUGCCGUACCAUUGUUUAAUGUGUGGACAGAAAUUCUCGUUGGAGUCUCGGUUUUCAGCUCACGUAAUGAUGCACCGUGGUGAGAAGGAUUGGCAGGAUUACAAACGUGCUCAUUGUAUCAAGGAAACAGUCGUCUCUUUUUACCGUACUUGUACAUUAGAAAGAAUCGGUAAAAAUAUCUCUCUACGAAACGGGGAAGAGAAAUUCCGUGUCAACCUCAAUGUAUAG